GAGAGAGAGUGAGAGUGUAACAUAUCUCUCAGUCUGUGGGCUUCUUCAAACUUUCAAGUUUAUUAAAGUCCAAGUAUUAUUUUUUUUUGAUUGAAGUCCAAGUUUGUACUUGUGUUGUGUGUGAAUGGAGUAGAUGGUGAAGAUGGGAAGAGCGCCAUGUUGUGAUAAGGAUGGAGUUAAGAGAGGUGCUUGGAGUCCUGAAGAGGACCAACUCUUGGUACAGUACAUUAACAAGCAUGGCCAUGGUAGCUGGCGUACACUCCCAAAGCAUGCUGGUCUCCUUCGAUGUGGAAAGAGUUGUCGGCUCAGGUGGAUAAACUAUCUUCGCCCUGACAUUAAACGUGGUCCAUUUACAGCUGAGGAAGAGGAUUCUAUAAUUCAGCUUCAAGGCAUGCUUGGUAAUAGGUGGGCUGCCAUAGCAUCACAGAUGCCAGGAAGAACAGACAAUGAGAUUAAGAACUAUUGGAACACUCAUUUAAAGAAGCGUUCCCUUUGCUCAGUCCCUAGCCCAUGGGUGCACAAGCCCUCCUCCAAACCAGAGACAAGUAAUGUCAAAUCUGAAUCCCCUUCCACUCGCCACAUGGUACAAUGGGAGAGUGCCAGAGUUGAGGCCGAGGCUCGGAUGUCAAUGGAAUUGUCACUACUUGACUCAUCUUUGAUGAUAAAGACAGAAUGUGAUUACUUCCUCCGUCUAUGGAGUUCUGAAGUUGGAGAAUCGUUUCGGAAGGUCAAUGGUAAAGAUGCGGGAGUGUGUCAAAGCCCUGUCUCUCCAAAAUCCUCAUCAAUAAAAUGUGGUUCAGGUUCAGAUGUCACAAUACAAGCGAUAAACACCAGGACCAGUGCAUGUACUAACAUGAAGCCAGAACAAGCAGAUAGCUAUAAACCAAAGGUAGAAGACGUUAUGGCCACCUCGGAUUCUCACACCUCUUAUGAUCUCAUUGAUUCUUCUGAUUCAGCAUUGGAGCUACUGCUAGAUUUCCCAGAUGGUGAGGACAGCUUUCAAGUAUAGAUGAUUUUGCAUGUACAGUAGAUGGAACUAAAAUAUUGCCUUUCCUUUCUUGCAUUGAAUGAAGAUGGUUACCAUGGGAAGGGCACUAGUUUAAUCUAAUAGAUAAUUUGGCACCUUUAAAGUUUCUCUUUUGUAUAUAAUCUAUUUUAUGUAGCUGGUUUCUUAGUUUUCACAUAGACUACUCUUCUUGAUUUUCUCUAAAUGGAAAAAGAGAUGUAAACUUGAACAGGUUGCUACAAUCAAAGUUAUCUUCUCUUUGCUGAGAGCUUAUUGACAA